CUGGGCGGUGGAGACGCGCGUCGGUAGCGCGCCGCGGAGAGUCAACAUGGAGGGGAAGCAGAAGACAGAUGUUAUUGUGCUCGGAGCCGGACUGUCGGGCCUGAGUGCGGCCAAAUUGCUGAAGGAAGCUGGUCUGACUGUGGUGGUCCUGGAGGCUCGGGAUCGCGUCGGGGGCAGGACCUACACCGUGACAGGGCCAAAGUUUAAGUAUGUGGACCUCGGCGGCGCAUACGUUGGCCCAACCCAAAACUGCAUCCUCAGACUGGCGAGAGAGUUGGGGGUGAAGACUUACUUGGUGAAUGAAAAGGAGCGCCUCAUCCACUACACCAAGGGGAAAGCUUACCCCUUCAGGGGCCCUUUUCCCCCAGCCUGGAACCCUGUAGUGUACCUGGAUUACAACAACCUCUGGAGAACCCUGGACUCUCUAGGAAAAGAGAUCCCUGCCAAUGCGCCAUGGACCUGUCGCUAUGCUGAGCAAUGGGACAAUAUGACUAUGAAGGAGCUGAUUGACAAAGUGUGCUGGACCAGGACAGCCAAGGACUUUGCCAGGCUGUUUGUGAAUGUGAAUGUGACAUCAGAGCCCCAUGAAGUUUCCGCCCUCUGGUUUCUUUGGUACAUAAAGCUGUGUGGAGGAACGAAGAGGAUAUUUUCCACAUCAAACGGAGGGCAGGAAAGAAAGUUUGUUGGUGGGUCUGGACAAAUCAGCGAGAAAAUAGCAGAGCAGUUGAAGGGGAGCGUCAAGCUGAAGCAGCCUGUUGUCAGAGUAUCUCAGCAUCCCGGUGGUGUCUCUGUAGAGACCCUAACUGGAGAAAAAUACCAGGGAGCAUAUGUUAUCAGUGCUAUUCCACCGGGCCUGACCAUGAACAUCCACUAUGAGCCUGAACUGCCACCCAUCAGAAACCAGCUAAUCCAGAGGGUGCCUAUGGGCUCUAUAAUCAAGUGCAUGAUGUACUACCAAAAGGCAUUCUGGAAGGACAAGGGUUACUGUGGAACAAUGAUGAUUGAAGAUGAAAACUCCCCCAUUUCAAUGACUCUAGAUGACACGAAGCCUGAUGGGUCUUGUCCUUGUAUAAUGGGGUUCAUCUUGGCUAGGAAAGCCAGGGAGCUCAUUGAACUGACCAAGGAUGAGAGAAAACAGCAAAUAUGUCAGAUAUAUGCAAAAGUGCUGGGUACUACUGAAGCUCUUAAGCCUGUCCACUAUGAGGAGAAGGACUGGUGUGGAGAGCAGUACUCAGGUGGCUGCUAUUCAGCCUACUUCCCACCUGGAACCUUCUUCCAGUUCAGCAGGGCCCUAAGAAAACCCUUUGGACGACUUUUCUUUGCUGGCACAGAGACAGCCACCAAAUGGAGUGGCUACAUGGAUGGAGCAGUGCAAGCUGGGGAGAGGGCAGCCAGAGAGGUUUUGCAUGCCAUGGGCCGCAUCUCAUCCCUGGAAAUCUGGAAAGAGGAUGAGGAGGCUCAGGAAGUCCCAUCACAGCCAAUAAGAGAGAGCUUCCUCGAACAGUGGCUGCCUUCAGUUCCAGCCUUCCUGUCAGUGAUGACCAUCUCCACAGUUUUCCUCGGUGCCCUGGGGCUUAGCUUGGUGAAACCGAGCAUGCGGCCCCACUUCUUCAAGUGAGCUCCCGAGGACAGAGUCGGGGGAAAAGUGGUGAAACGGUAAAGCACAUUAACCCACAAAAGGCUAGUGAAACGGCGAUCUGGUGAUGCAGCGAUCCGUGUCAUUGAAGAUGAUGCAUUUCACAGGGUUGGUGUCGCAACACGACUGGGCUAAUUAAAUUUCGUCAAGAAUCGUGCAAGAGGAGAAAAGCACAAAUCUCACAUGCCUAGAAAUCAUUAGUGUUUUCCCUGAUUUAAAGGGAGGGCUCCACGAUAAUGUAUUGCUUCUUUGAUGGUUAAUGUUAUACUGUGUAGGUGGUUGGAUUAUGUAGCUAGCACAACCAAACACUUCAUCAUCACCAAAGAAAUAUUCCUGAUGCACUCAGUGUUCUAAGUGUUGUAUGUGGCAAAAUGUUAUUUAUUCAUCGUACACACGUCCAGGUUUGAAAUGUCUCUUUGAAAGUUUUUGUUUAUCAAGCCUGUAAAUUCAUUGUCCAUGUCUGACAAUUGUGGUAUGAUUUGUGGUGUGAUAAGGUGUCUAGUUUAGACUGGCCUAUUUAACUUUGAUGUGGGCAACUUUGGAUUUGUUGUAAGAGGUCACAUACCUGCCGAG